AUGACCCAACCGCAACGCAACCAAACCCAGGUGCCAUCCGCGCCGCCCCUGCACAUGUAUGUCUAUUUCCAUAAGGAUCUCGAAUCUUUCGAGUAUGCUCACAUUGAAUGGGUGCUCCUGAAAGCCAACGACGAUUGUACUAUCAUCAUCCCUGGCAUGCACAAGAAUAUCAAGGAAUGGGCGGAGAGACUUACCACACGAGGACUCGACUCGGAAGCCCUGGUUGAGCGUAUGGACGACACACAUUUCACGAAAGAGGACAAGAAGCACUUCAAAACCGACUGGACAGCUCAACCAUGCAAGAAGUACUAG